AUUAAUUUUAUUUUUCAAUUCAAUGACAAUUCGUCGAAAAAAAUAUUGUAAAAAGAUCCGACUUAGUUUCAUGUCAAACAUUUCAAAAAUUAACGAAGAAGUCAAAGUUUCCUCCAGAUGACAGAUAAAUAAAGCAAUAUUGCGCAGCUGGAAUUUUAUGAUAUCGAAAAGGAGUUGUAUAUGAAAAAUUCGAACUUUAAAAAGAAAUCCUUUCCAAGAGGUGCUUUUCUAUUGCUAUAAAUUACACCGCACGCGCAUAAUAAAUAGCAUUGAACAAACUAAUCGAUACGCGAUCAAGACGUUCUCGCACAUAUUUUAUAUUCUAUACACACACGUGUUCGAGUCGACGAACACUUUGAAAAAAGAGCCGGCCUGUCAACGCUAUAUCUUCACUUGCAUUAUAUUUACACGAGACGUAUACUUAUUGUAAGUAUACAUCAGACUUGUUUGAUUACUAUGUCGCGGUGGGGAAACAAAAAGAGCGGAAGUUAUGUGAAUGAAAUAUUAAUUUAUUCUCUCCGCGAUGGAAGGAGGCACCGCGAGGGAAAGUUUUUUUUUUUAUGCCAGAUAUUCGAGCGAUGUUGCGGCUAACAGAAACUAUUUCUUCAAAAAGUAUGGAACACAGGAAUUAUUAUUACGAUAUUAGCAGGAGAUUCUUGUUGAUGAUCGGUCAGUGGCCUUAUCAGAAGCCGAUAAGAAUAUCCUUUUUGACUUUGAUAGUCAUAAUUUUCGCAAAUUGUCUUUUUACACAGAUAGCGCAAAUUUUUGUUUGCGAAGACACACAAUGUAUCUUUCAAACUUUACCUCCACACAUGUUAGUAUGGAAUUGUCUGGUAAAAGUGCUAGCAUAUCGAUUUAACAGCCAGAAAAUUAAAGAUCUGACUGAUCACUUAUUCGUAGACUGGGAUACUCUUGAGACUCAGGAGGAACGUGAGAUUUUGAAAAAAUAUGCCGAGAAUGGCAGGUGGUACUCGUUGAUAUAUGCCUCGUAUUGUUACAUGUCUACCAUUUCAUUUAUAACAACUUCUCUUAUACCACAAAUCAUGGACAUCGUGUUUCCUUUAAACACUUCACGUCCAAUAAUGCUAGCAUAUCCGGCGCACUAUUUCGUUAACGAAGAGCAGUAUUUCUAUUACAUUUUUUUCCAUAUGCUAAUUACCGCCUUGGUAUGUAUGACUGGGUUAAUUGCGCACGACUGCAUGUUCUUUAUUUACAUCGAACACGUUUGCGGCCUUUUCGCAGUGGUCGGAUUUAGGUUCCAACAUGUAUUAAAUAGACGCGAUAUCGCGGAUGCAAAUUUAAUCAAUUGUCCGAAUGAUCUGUACCAUAAAGAUGUUGCAUUUUCGGUUCAUGCUCAUCGAGAAGCUCUGCAGUUUGCAAAACUUCUCGAAAAUGUCUUUUCUGUACCAUUCGCCAUUCAACUUAUGAUAUCAACAUUGUCUAUUAGCGUUAGUUUACUUCAAUUCUCGAUGCAGUUGAAUGAUUUAAUGGAGGCGACGAGAUACUUUGUCUACAUACUUGCUCAAUUAUUCCACUUAUUCUGCUUCAGCUUUCAAGGACAAAAAUUGAUAGAUCAUAGUCUUGAAAUUUGCAACAAAAUUUAUAAUGGUGCAUGGUACAAGAUACCCGUGAAGGGGCAAAAAUUGCUCUUGAUUACGAUGAGAAAAAGCAUCGAGGCUAGUACUUUGACAGCCUGCAAGAUAUACGUAUUUUCCUUGCAAAAUUUCACAAUGGUCCUGCAAACAGCGAUGUCAUAUUUUACAGUGCUAGCCUCCUUCAGUGAAUGACUCGACUGUGUUUCUAGCAUACGUAGUGAAAUGACACUCUGAACAUUUUUACAAGCAUAUAGUAUUACAAAUUAUAUAAAAACUAUUUAUAUUUUAUAUCGUUUGCAGUAUGACAAUUUAAAGCCAAUAAAAUUUUAUU